ACUUAUACCAAGUCAGAUGGAAAAGGUUAUGGUGAAAGCGAUGAUUACUUGGGAGUCUGCUAGUAAUUUCCAUGACUACUCUCUCUCUCCUAUUAGAAAAUAUUGGGCACGUCGUAAUGAACAAACGCCUUCAAAUGAAGCUAGCCUUGUAUCUACUAAUGACAGACCCAAGUAUAAUAUUAUUGUAGCCAUCAACAAGUUAAAUGUUAUUCAGAAACUAGACAAGAGCAUUUAUUAUGAAAAUAUGCAAAUAAACAAUUUUAUGCAUAUUAAAAAAAA